GGGGGAGGGAGAAAGAGCAUGGACUUGAUGGGAUGGGAUGGGAUGGGGAAAGAGGAUCAAGGUUUUUGUGUCUUGCUGUUUGUUCUGCGUGCGGUGGUGGUGGGUACUGUGGCUUUUGCUUGCGUGGUGGGUGUAUAAUAGGGGUGUCAGGGGGCGAGAAUGGCAGAGAGGAGAGAAGAAAGGAGGAGAGGAGAGGAGAGGAGAGAAGAAAAGAGAGAAAGAAAGAGAGGAGAGCAAGGCCUCUGCUGGUAUCUGUCCGAGCAAGCACUUUACCCGCCCCCUCUCGCGGUCCGCAGGUUUUCAAUCUUCUUUUAUACCACACACACACAUCAUGUAUAAUCUAGCUUUAAAACCGUAAUAAUUGUUAAUUCCUAAAAUAAUCCCCCUCGUUUGUAGUAGUAGUCUG